AUGCAGCAGCAGCUGUUGCUGCAGCAGCAACAGGGGGUCGCAAACGCUCACCUGCUGCAACAGCAACAGCUGCAGCAGCAACAACUUCAACAGCAGCAACUGCAACAGCAACAGCUGCAGCAGCAGCGGCUCCGACGCCCCAUGACGGGGCCCUCUCUACAGGGACCAUCCCUUGGGGCCCUUCAAGGCCCCAUAUCAGGUCCAAUGUCAGGCCUUGCUCAGCAGCAGCAGCAGCUGCUGCGUCAGAAUAGACAGUUGAAUGUGCUGCAGCAGCAACUGCAGCAUCAGCAACUGCAGCAGCAACAAGUCAUGGAUGCCGCAAAACUGCAACAGCAACAGCAAGUUCAGCAGAAUGCUGCUGCUGCUGCUGCUUCGUCGAGCACAGGGCCUUCAUUACCGCCCCUUCAGAUGUUCCAGCAGCAGCAUCCUCAGUUACUGCUUCAGCAGCAGCCGCAACAACUGCAGCAGCAGCUUCUGCAGCAACAGCUUCUUCUGCAGAGGCAGCAGCAACAACUCCAGAUGACAGGCCAGCAACCUUCGGUGGCCGUCCCCACUGCGCAGCUGCUGCAGCAGCUGCAUCAGUUACAGCAGCCGCAGCAGCUGCAGCCACAGCAGCAACUUCAGCAGCUGCAGCAGCAGCAGCAGUCUGCUGCGUGGCCACAGCGUUGA